AUGCCCCUGUUCAUGCUCUCGUUGUAUCUUCUCAACCACUUUAACAACGUGCGAACAUCACUCAUCAUCGGCACUCAUCUACUACGCGACUGUAAGCAGAAGCAGCAGCAGCAUUCAGUUGCAUUAACCCUUCCGGUCCCUUCUCUCAACCAAUACCUUCACAACUCAGACAACAAGAUGCCUUCAUUCAAUCUCCUCGACGCAGUAUACGCCACAGUCCGUGACCCAGCAGAGAUCAGAGCUUGGGAACGCAUAGCACACAACGAACGAUGGCUAGCCGAGAAUCCUCGCGCUUCCCAGGCUAUGGACAUGGUAGCUCACAAUCUCCGCCGCAAUCACAACGAGGCCUCCGCUGCUCCUUUCCCCGGUGCUAUCCUUGCUCUCGCGCCGCCCGCAGUCAUCAACACUGCUCUCGCUUACGUUUUCGCUCCUGCUCCUGCUCCUGCUCCUGCUCCUACUCCUACUCCGCCCUCGAACAUCGACGAACGCAGCUACGCUGUACGUGAGAUCAUCUGCAUGACCAGGACAGUGCCACCCAGCAUCACUGCCGCUCUCGUCUCGUUACACGAGGAUCGCAACGGGUUCCUGCGCUCAAUCCCAAUGGACGAUCCAGACACCGUAACUAUCUCCCGGGACUGCGACGUCGAGGUCUGCCCGGACUGCAGAGAUCCUUGGGAAGCACGCGCGUGGAUUGUCCAGGUUCGGUGCUGCGAGCGCGUCUUCCACGCAGUGUGUCUCGCAGACUGGAAUCAGUCCCAGGUGGACCAAGGUAUUAACAUCAACUGCCCUGCAUGUCGCGCCAGAUGGGCUCGACAAGGUCAUGAAGUCGUUACGGAUCGUGCUGAGGAUCGAGGUGAGGACGACGAGGCGGAGGCAGAAGCAGAGGAGCAGUUGGAACGGUUUCUGGUCGCAGAGCAGGAAGCCGAGUGGCGAGCAGAGCAGGAGGUCGAGCAAGAAGCACAGCAGCGAGAACAGGACGUCGAACAGGAGGCAGAGCGGGAAGCGGAGCAGGAAGUCGAGCUGGACUCAGCGCAGGAAGCGGAGCAGGAAGCGGAGCAGGUAGUCGAGCAGGAAACGGAGCAGGAAGCGGAGCAAGAAUCACAGCAGGAGGCAGAACCAGGACCAGAAUCAGAACAAGACGCGCAGCACGAGCAAGAGCAGCAAGCAGCAGGCAAAGAACGAGCGCAUUUGGAGCCAUGGGACUUCCGACAACUCAUAGCCGACGCCAAACGAUCACUGGCAGCUCAAUCAGCAGGAGUGUGA